AUGAAUCGUGUGAUUCAUCAAGUGCGAAUGACUGUGGAUCUCUCCUCGACUUCGGAUAACUCUAACGUGGGAUUGAAUUCUACCGCAUCUGAAGCCGCACAACAUCGCUUGAAGAUGACACAACUGCGUAAGGAAUUUCUAAGUAGUCCGGGCCUACCCAGUGGCAAUCUACAGCAGGGUUUAUCUACUCACCCCUCUAUGCGAAACUCAUCGGUAUCGUUCAGCCGCGACCAGAAUCCAGAUGAACGUGUUGCAUCCGUUGCUUUUGUCCAACGAUCCGACACAUAUCCUCAGGGUUCCUUUGUCCGAGAUUCGAACCAUUAUUCCACUGGUCCACAAUCGACUGAUGUAAACCAGCGUUCUCAUGAUUGUGAUAUGGAUACACAACUCAACAAAAUGCAUGUAACACUGAAAGAUUUCAACGCGCAUUUAUCCCAGAUCGAUUCGACUCUUGGUCGUAUUCAAAGCUGUGGCACUUUGAAUCAGUAUCUGGGUUCGAUUUCCGACUCAGAUGCAGAGGCUGAAGCAGAUUUGGCGGAACCAGAUUGGAAUCCGAAGCACACACCCUCACCGCCAAUGUCGAAUUUUAAUCAACCGUUAACUGUGCCAGCCGAUAACUCGAGCAGUCGUAGUGAUGCGGGAAAAUCGUUCGAGUGCGACACAGGCAUUGUAACUGCUCAUCGCACAAAUGAGUUUGGUCGUCGAACAACUACAUUGUCCUCUUCGUUAGGAGCCAGUUUGUCUACACUAUCCUCAUCCGUAUGGUCCUCUCUGAGUCCAUCCACCGCUCCAGCAAAUGGAACUAAUUCUUUUGUUGUUCAGACAGCCGACACAAAGAGAGAGAAAAACAUCCGCUAUCAUCAUAACGCAGAUAUGGAUGACUAUGUAAACGGAAUAGGCUUUGCCACUGCAUCGCGUCUAUCUCAUAUGAACUCAAGAACACUACGAACGACGGAAACUGGAUCUUAUCUAGAGGACGGUUUACACGGCAACGAAACUCGUGAAUUGCACCGGUCCGUUUUUGACAACGAAUCAUGGCCUCAGGCAGAUUCUUUACGCUUUGCGGAUAGUACUACUUCCAGUCCAAGCUAUGAUUCGGGUCGACCUACACUUCCGUCGAAUGAAGGAACUUGCCCCAGUAAUACCGGGCGUUUUGCUCCAGUCAAGCAACCCCCGUCGUACGCCACAUGGAGCAAGCAGUCAGGACGAUCCACGCGGUUUCAUCAUCCACCCCCGAUUGGUACAGUAGGAAAGAUGAAACACAUCCGGAUUCCAGACGCACAUUUCGAUGCGUCGCGCACAUUCAGCCAGCCCAGCUUAGCUGUGAAUGGGUCUGCUGUCCACGGGCGCAGCCACCCUCAAACCGCUUAUUCAAUCACGGUUAUCAAUCCGGAGGAUCAAAGUCGGAUGAUUCACGCAAGCAAAUCCUACUCUACAAACAGACUGCCAAUCGAAGACACAGCCACAGUCGCUUCUUCGGUAUCUCACUCUCCACAACAUUCAUACUCCAGUCCAUCAUCUACCGGUUCUAGACCCUCUUCUCCUUCAUGCUCGUCCAAUUACUCGGCUGAUUCGUCUCGUUCCGGUUUUGCACAUUCGGCUCACUUGUCCAGUGUGGAUAAUCUGAUUGGUCAUCUGAACCGACUGUUGCGCACGGGACAAGAACACCAAGCCAGGCGUGUGAUUGGUCGACUUCUAGACACACCUCGAUCAAGACGCAAACUGGACUGUAUGGUUGCCGAGUUGACUUCGCGGUCGCGAGUACUCGAUGAACAACCUCGUUAUCGUCAAGGCUCAUAUCGGAGUUCGGAUUCCGGUUCCCAUGCGAGCAUGCACAAACUGGGCAUUGUAGGCGGUCAUCGCUUCAGUGCAGACCAUAAUAACAACGCCAGCCCCACUGGCUCAUUGCUCCGUCUAGCCAACUCCCUUAUAUCUGCCAGAUCACAGCUUCCAUGCACUCGAAAGCCCCAACGCGGUUCUCUUACCAGCCUACAAUCCUAUUCGCGCGCAUACGAUUCAGAAUACGAUCUCUCUACUCAAAAUCUAAGCGACCAAACCAAAUUCCGACCAACCCUAGCUUCCGUGGCUGGCAUGCAACCAAGCAUCUCGCCGGGCACUGGCAGCAUGACCUCCCUAAGACGAUCCAGCACAGUAGGCCGCUCACGGUCCCACAUUCCCUGGUCGCCUGGUGAGAUGGUCGAACAGCCACCCCCGGCCAUGCGACCACAACCACGUCCCGCUGCACCCACUCGUCCGAAAGCGACUAUUUUGCCCACGGAACAAACCUUGCGUCAUCUGGAUAUUCGGGCCUCUGAGGUCGCCUCCUCGUUCACGUACACAUCGUUCGCCGAUUUGGCCCGAGCUCUGGUCAAUGACAUGACUGAUGAAGUUCAUAUUAUUCGAUCUCUGUUCACUUGGACGGUGACUGUAGAUACUCAGUCCAACGAAUUCAAUCCCACUGCCCCAGCCGAAUCGUUAGUUGGCAUGCUGCGAAGAAUUCGAUGCGGCCAACUUAGUCGAAACCACUUGCUGCAUAAAUUGUGCCGGUAUGUCUUGCCAGUAGGGAGUUGUAGGUCAUUUAUUUGUUUUCUGUUCCCCGUCCUGAUUAUCUUGCUCAACUUUUCCCACACUGUUCCGCUGUUUAUUGUUGAAAUACCACUGUUACAUUAA